CUGAGCAGCUAAAAUGGCUCCAGUGCAGAUCGGGUCUGAUGGGCAGCUCGUCCCCCUCGGGGGCCCGGUUGUUUCGGGUCCACAGCCGCCGCCACCCGGAGCUCCAGCCACACAAGGUGUUCGACUGAGCCUACUGAUUGAAUUUCUCCUCCAGAGGACUUACCAUGAAAUCACGCUGCUAGCCGAGCUGCUCCCCAGAAAAACGGACAUGGAGAGGAAAAUUGAGAUCGUCCAGUUUGCCAGUCGAACCAGGCAGCUUUUUGUGCGCCUUCUGGCCCUGGUGAAGUGGGCGAGCAAUGCAGGGAAAGUAGAAAAGUGUGCGAUGAUCUCCAGUUUCCUGGAUCAGCAGACCAUCUUGUUUGUGGACACAGCUGACAGAUUGGCAUUACUAGCCAGAGACGCCCUCGUACACGCUCGUCUGCCUAGCUUUGCCAUCCCCUUUGCCAUCGAUGUGCUGACCACAGGUUCAUACCCACGCUUGCCCACAUGCAUACGUGAUAAAAUCAUUCCUCCAGACCCCAUCACAAAAGUAGAAAAGCAGACCACUUUGAGUCAGCUUAAUCAGAUUCUACGACACCGCCUGGUCACCACAGAUUUACCCCCACAGUUGGCAAACCUGACAGUUGCUAAUGGCCGUGUUAAGUUUCGCGUGGAGGGAGAGUUUGAGGCCACGUUAACGGUCAUGGGGGAUGACCCUGACAUUCCCUGGAGGCUGUUGAAGUUGGAGAUCCUUGUUGAGGAUAAAGAAACUGGAGAUGGUCGAACCUUGGUUCACAGUUUACAGGUGAACUUCAUCCACGAGUUGGUCCAGGCGCGUCUCUGUGCGGAUGAAAAACCCCUUCAGGACAUGUACAACUGCUUGCACUCCUUCUGUCUGUCGCUGCAGCUCGAGGUGCUGCACUCGCAGACUCUGAUGCUGAUCAGAGAGCGCUGGGGCGACCUGGUUCAGGAGGAGAAAUAUGUGCCUGCUAAAUACCUCACGCUGUCAGUCUGGAAUCAACAAAUUCUGGGUAAGAAAACAGGCACAGCAUCAGUUCAUAAAGUCACCAUCAAAAUCGAUGAAUCGGAUGGAUCUAAGCCAUUACAAAUAUCCCAUGAGCCUCCUCUGCCCGCCUGUGACUCAAAAUUAAUGGAGAGAGCCAUGAAGAUCGACCACCUAUCUGUGGAAAAACUUUUAAUUGACAGCGUUCACGCCCGGGCCCAUCAGAAACUACAGGAACUCAAGGCCAUUUUAAAAACCAGCAAUCCCAGUGACAACUCUUUCAUUGAAACUGCUCUGCCCACUCUCGUUAUUCCAAUACUUGAGCCUUGCGGUCGUUCAGAGUGUCUGCACAUUUUUGUAGACCUUCACUCUGGCAUGUUUCAACCCAUGCUGUAUGGAUUAGAUCAGUCCAUGCUGGAUGACAUUGAAAAGACCAUCAAUGACGAUAUGAAGCGCAUACUAACGUGGCUUCAGCAACUCAAGUUCUGGUUGGGGGAACAGCGCUGUCGACAGUCUGUGAAACACCUUCCCUCAGUUUGCACUGAUGUCCUUCACCUUUCCAACUCACCCUCCCACCCUGUUGGCAGUUUGUCCAAGCACAAGCUCUUCAUCAAGCUCACUCGUCUUCCACAGUACUACAUUGUGGUGGAAAUGCUUGAAGUACCUAACAGCCCUGCAGCGUUGCAGUACAAGUACUCGUUUCUGUCAGUGUUGCAGUUGGAGGGAGAGGAUGGCCCCAUGUGUGCCCAACUUCUGCAGCAUUUUAAGCCUAACCUGGAACACCUCGUCCAGGACACUACAGCAGGAAGGGAGACCCGACCUGGGACUAAGAGAAAGGUUUCUGGAGAGCAGGGGGACCCUGAGCCAAAGAAGCCUAAGAGGUCUGGAGAAAUGUGUGCUUUCAACAAAGAGUUGGCUCAUCUCGUAGCAAUGUGUGACACUAACAUGCCUUUUAUUGGCCUCAGAGCAGAGCUGUCUAACAUGGAGAUGGCAAAUGAAGGAGUCCAGGUGGAGGGAGACAGCAGCAGUCAUGCAAUACGGCUACUGAAGAUUCCUCCCUGUAAAGAUGUAGGAGAGGAGACCAGAAGAGCUUUAGAGCGAUCCCUCCUGGACUGCACCUUCCGCCUGCAGGGCAGGAACAACCGGACCUGGGUGGCUGAGCUGGUGCUGGCUAACUGUCCGCUCCACAGCACGCACAGCAAGGAACAAGCCUCCACCAGGCAUGUUUAUCUGACCUAUGAAAACCCACUGUCAGAGCCUGUGGGUGGCAGGAAGGUUGUUGAGAUGUUCCUGAAUGACUGGAAAGCUAUUAGUCAACUCUACCAGUGUGUUCUUAACUUCUCACGUGCAAUCCCAGACAUGCCGUCUAUCCUGAGUGUGUUCUCAGAGGUGCGGCUGUAUAAUUACCGUAAACUGGUGCUGUGCUACGGCACCACCAAAGGCAGCUCCGUCACCAUCCAGUGGAACUCCAGCAGCCUGCGUUUUCAUUUAGCCCUGGGGACCGUGGGGCCUAACUCGGGCUGCUCCAACUGCCAUAACAUCAUCCUCCAUCAGCUACAGGAGAUGUUUAACAAAAACCCCAAUGUGCUGCAGCUGCUUCAGGUGCUUUAUGACACACAGGCUCCUCUCAAUGCAAUCAACAAGCUACCAACAGUGCCCAUGCUGGGCCUCACCCAGCGCACCAACACUGCAUACCAGUGUUUCUCCAUCUUACCUCAGUCGCCCACUCACAUCCGACUGGCGUUCCGCAACAUGUACUGCAUCGACAUUUACUGCCGCAGCCGCGGAGUGGUGGCCAUUAGAGACGGAGCCUACAGUCUGUUUGACAACACCAAGAUCGUAGAAGGGUUUUAUCCUGCUCCUGGACUCAAGACAUUCCUAAACAUGUUUGUAGACAGCAAUCAAGAUGCUCGUCGGCGUUCAGUCAACGAAGACGACAACCCUCCUUCGCCGGUGGGUGUAGACAUGAUGGACAGUCUGAUGAACCAGCUGCAGGCUCCACAGCAGCCACAGACCAUGAGAGGGGGUCCAGGAGGUGUAUAUCCACCUCUCACUUCACCACCGCCAAACUAUCAUGCCAAUGUAACUCCAUCACCGUCUAUGUUGCACACUCAGUCACCAGGGAACAUCCAUGCCUCUGGCUCCCCUAGUGGAGCUUUGAGGGCACCCUCUCCUUUCGGCCCCACCCCAUCUCCAUCUUCUCUGGGCAUAGCCAUGGGCCAGACCAGCUUUGCCAGUCCCCACGGUCCUCUGGACCCCAGCUCUCCAUAUACCAUGGUGUCUCCCAGCCACAGGGGACAGUGGCCAGGCUCACCACAAGUUUCAGGACCAUCUCCUGGGGCAAGAAUUCCCGGCAUGUCCCCUGGAAAUCCUUCACUGCACUCUCCUAUUCCUGACCCUCAUUCUCCACGAGCUGGGACCAGUUCACAAAUCAUGCCCACCAGUAUGCCUCCUCCCCGAAAGCUACCUCAGCGCCCCUGGGCUGCCUCCAUUCCCACCAUCCUCACCCACAGUGCCUUACACGUGCUUCUUCUCCCCUCCCCCACUCCGUGCCUGGUGCCUGGCCUGGCAGGGAGCUACCUCUGCUCACCGCUGGAGCGCUUCCUGGGCUCAGUUAUAAUGAGACGACAUCUACAGAGGAUCAUCCAGCAGGAGUCCAAUUUAGCCAUUGUGAACUCCAACGAGCCGGGGGUGAUCAUGUUCAAAACGGACAUGCUCAAAUGCCGGGUGGCUCUGAAUCCAAAGAAYUAUCAGACGCUUCAGAUUAAAGUCACCCCAGAAAAUGCAGGUCCCUGGUCCCAGGAGGAGCUUCAGGUGCUGGAGAGGUUCUUUGAGACCAGAGUUGCUGGUCCUCCUUUUAAAUUUAACACACUGAGUGCCUUCACAAAGCUGCUGGGGGCUCCCACUAAUGUUCUGAGGGACUGUGUACGCAUCAUGAAGCUUGAACUGUUCCCUGACCAGGCUGCACAGCUCAAGUGGAAUGUCCAGUUCUGUCUCACCAUCCCUCCCAGUGCUCCCCCCAUUGCCCCUCCUGGGACCAUUGCUGUGGUGCUCAAGGCAAAGAUGCUUUUCUUUCUCCAGCUGACCCAGCGUGUCCCAGCGCCCCAGGAGCCAGUGACCAUCAUUGUUCCCAUUGUUUACGACAUGGCCACAGGCCUCACUCAGCAGGCCGACAUCCCCAGRCAGCACAGCUCCUCGGGGGCUGCAGCGCUCCUGGUCUCCAACAUCCUCAAGAGGUUCAACGAGCUGCACCCGGCCAGGCAGGGAGAGUGUACCAUUUUUGCAUCUGUUCACGAGCUGAUGGCCAACCUUACUCUUCCUCCGGGCACUCGACAGUAGGAACGUUUUCACAGGCGGCGUGAAAACCUUUUCUGGACUCCACUGAGCUCCCUGUGCUAGUCAGGGAGUUCAACCUGCAGUUUCUCUUCUGCUUAGGACUUUGAUUCAUGUAUAAAUGCUGUUUAAAGAGACUUAUAAACCGGUGUAGACAGUAGGUUUUUGUUUUUCAGAUGUGUUGUAGGUCAACACUGAAUGCAAAAUUAUGUAAAUAUUCUUCUUUUUUUUAUUCUCCAGUGCACUUGUAAACAAAAUUAAGUCUGUUUACAAAAAUAUGUACAUUAUUGUAAAUUUGCUUGACAAAAAGAAUCAGCUGAGUUAGAUUUUUGUGAGAGCCCUGCUUUUUUAUGCCUGACUAAAUCAGGAUAGAGACCUUCGCACUAUUUAGUUAUCUUCUUGCCUUUCUUUUGUCAGUGUACCUGCUUUUUUAUUUCAUUUUCUAUACUGUAAAACUGUGAUAAACUUUAUAAACUAGUUGUAUUUUAUUAGGAUCCAUUUGGAGUCCUAAUUAAAGGAUUUGAGACAACUUUGAUAUUUAAUAAAGCGAGUUCAAAGCUGG